CCUUUGUUAUUUUAGGUAAUUUUGUAAAUUUUGCUCAGUAUGGAGUUCAAGAAUUUCUUUUGCUUGACUUUGCCCUAAAAGAUAAGUUACUCAGUUUUAAAGUUUGUAGAUAAUAUAUAUGAACUAAGUACUUUUUGUCCCUUUGUAGUUUCAGUCUUAUUUUUUCUAUUUUAUAUUUUUACAAGUAGAAUGUAAAUUUUCAUUAUUUUAAAUGAUACUGAUUUUUAAUAAUGUUCUUUUUUCCCAGAUUCCAUGCUUGUGUGGUAGUGCCCCAUGUUUGCUGUGUCGAUGCUGUCCUAGUGGAAACAACUCCACUGUGACUAGAUUAAUCUAUGCACUUUUCUUGCUUGUUGGAGUGUGUGUAGCUUGUGUAAUGUUGAUACCGGGCAUGGAAGAACAACUGAAUAAGAUUCCUGGGUUUUGUGAGAAUGAGAAAGGUGUUGUUCCUUGCAAUAUUCUGGUUGGCUACAAAGCUGUAUAUCGUUUGUGCUUUGGCUUGGCUAUGUUUUAUCUUCUUCUGUCUUUGCUAAUGAUCAAAGUGAAGAGCAGCAGUGACCCGAGAGCUGCAGUACACAAUGGAUUCUGGUUCUUUAAAUUUGCUGCAGCAAUUGCAAUUAUUAUUGGGGCAUUCUUCAUUCCAGAAGGAACUUUUACAACUGUGUGGUUUUAUGUAGGCAUGGCAGGUGCCUUUUGUUUCAUCCUCAUUCAACUAGUCUUACUUAUUGAUUUUGCCCAUUCUUGGAAUGAAUCAUGGGUUGAAAAAAUGGAAGAAGGGAAUUCAAGAUGUUGGUAUGCAGCCUUAUUGUCAGCCACAGCUCUGAAUUAUCUGCUGUCUUUAGUUGCCAUCAUCUUGUUCUUUGUCUACUAUACUCAUCCAGCCAGUUGUUCAGAAAAUAAGGCGUUCAUCAGUGUUAACAUGCUCCUCUGCAUUGGUGCUUCUGUAAUGUCUAUACUGCCAAAAAUCCAAGAGUCACAACCAAGAUCUGGUUUGUUACAGUCUUCAGUAAUUACAGUCUACACGAUGUAUUUGACAUGGUCUGCUAUGACAAAUGAACCAGAAACAAAUUGCAACCCAAGUCUACUAAGCAUAAUUGGCUUCAAUACCACAAGCACAAUCCCAAAAGAAGGUCAGUCUGUCCAGUGGUGGCAUGCUCAAGGAAUUAUAGGACUAAUCCUCUUUUUAUUGUGUGUGUUUUAUUCAAGCAUCCGUACCUCAAACAAUAGUCAGGUUAAUAAACUGACUCUAACAAGUGAUGAAUCAACAUUAAUAGAAGAUGGUGGAGCUAGAAGUGAUGGCUCAUUGGAGGAUGGCGAUGAUGUUCACCGAGCUGUAGAUAAUGAAAGGGAUGGUGUCACUUACAGUUACUCCUUCUUUCACUUCAUGCUUUUCCUGGCUUCACUUUAUAUCAUGAUGACCCUUACCAACUGGUACAGGUAUGAGCCCUCUCGUGAAAUGAAAAGUCAGUGGACAGCUGUCUGGGUGAAAAUCUCUUCCAGUUGGAUUGGCAUCGUGCUAUAUGUUUGGACACUAGUGGCACCACUUGUUCUUACAAAUCGUGAUUUUGACUAAUGGACUUCUGGCAUGAAAGUCCCACUUUGGUUAUUGUCUAUUUGAAAUUAACAGUAUUCCCAACUUUUGUAAUGUUGUGUGUGCUCUCUGUGUAACUUCUGCCAUGUGUUCUGGCAUGAAUUAGAUCUUACUGCUUGUCAUUUUAUUCAUUUUCUUGCUAAGUGCACUGAUCAUGUGAAUUCGAAUGAGUGGCAAAGGGACAGUUGUAUGAGGAUGGUGACAAGUUAGGAAAAGUGGAGAUUGCUAGGCCUAAUCCCUUUUAGAUGUGAAGUAAAAGUAAAAGCAAAGUUGCUUUAGUUUGAUUUGAACACUUAGUCCAUAAGCUGUUUUUAGAAAGCAUAAGAAAAACAAAUGUAUGGUUGCCUUUUGAAAUAUUUGGUAUGUUGCCUUAUGGGAGACUGCAAAGAACAUGGCUAUUCUAAAACUGCAUAAAUACUUUACUUGAAUGCCGGUUGUUUCAAAAAUGCAAGUAACUAAAAUUUU